AUGAGCUUGGAGCAGACAACGCUGAAAAGGUUUACUUUGCACAACUUUAGCCUCAUUGAAAGUCUUUUAUUUAGUUUGAAAAUGUUUUCUACCGCUAACCGCUCUCUGUUGCGUCAAUCGCGCAUGUUCUCCACCUCAAACGUUCAAUUGGGCUCGAAGGUUUUUUUCGACACAAGCAUCAAUGGAACCAAGCAAAACAGAAUUGAGUUCGAGCUCUACAACGAGGUCGUUCCCAAGACUGCUGAAAACUUCAGAGCUCUUUGUUCAGGCGAAAAGGGUUUUGGUUACAAAGGCGUUCCUUUCCACAGAGUAAUUCCAAACUUCAUGCUGCAAGGUGGGGACACUGACUUAACUAACGGAUACGGCGGUAAAUCCAUCUAUGGAAACAAGUUCCAAGAUGAGAACUUUUCCAAGAGACACGACAAGGCCGGCCUUCUUUCCAUGGCUAACGCCGGUCCCAACUCUAACGGGUCCCAGUUUUUCAUCACGACGGUGCCUUGUCCUUGGCUAGAUGGCAAGCACGUUGUUUUUGGUGAAGUUACCAAGGGAAUGGAAGUAGUCAAAGUCAUUGAGUCCUACGGAACCAUGUCCGGCAGACCUCGCGCAAAAAUCGUUGUUGAGGAGGCCGGUGAGUUGUAA